GUGAGAAAGUCGAUGGAAAAAAGAACCGCUUCCGUGUUGUUUUUUGGUUCUGCAUUUGUGAUGAAUAACAGCUGCGUAAGGUGAAAUAAGAUUGACUAAUCGCCGAUGAGUGGUCUAUAAUGGUUUUGUAAAACGAAUCAUAGCAACAGUGUAUUCGCAAAAAUGUCGUUGCAACAAGGAUCUAAGAAAAAGGACAAGCGCAUUUUGUCUGGUACCUGCCCGGAUCCGAAAUGCCAGGCGAGGCUGUUCUUCCCUGCUUACGGCUCGGUUAGUAUUGAGUGCACGGAAUGCGGUCAGCGUCACGAGCAGAGAAAUCUUUUAAAAGUGGAGGAAGUCACCGAUCCGGACGUUGUGCUUCACAAUUUGCUGAGAAAUGCUCUGCUUGGUGUAACCGGAGCCCCCAAAAAAGGAACGGAGUUAGUAAAAGUGAUGGGACUCUCCAACUACCAUUGCAAGCUGCUGUCUCCCGUUCUCACACGAUACGGGAUGGAUAAACAGACAGGUAAAGCCAAAUUAUUAGGAGAGAUGAAUCAAGGGGAAAUUUUCGAUUGCUCGCUAUUGGGGGACAGAGCCUUUCUGAUCGAGCAGGAACAUGUAUGUACUGUCGGCUAUGGCAAAGAUCGAUCAGGCAGUCUUACUUACCUGCACGACACAUUGGAGGAGGUGAAGAAAGCUAACUGGAAUAAAGAGUGUCUCAUUCCUGUUCAUGUGGAUGGAGAUGGACACUGCUUGGUCCAUGCUGUAUCUAGGGCACUUGUGGGGAGAGAGCUGUUUUGGCAUGCUUUAAGAGAAAAUUUGAAGCAGAAUUUCAAGCAAAACCUUGAUCGCUAUAAGGCUCUUUUUCAAGAUUUUAUAGAUGCAGCGGAAUGGGAGGACAUCAUAAAUGAAUGUGACCCUUUGUUUAUUCCACCAGAAGGGGUGCCAUUAGGACUGCGCAACAUUCACAUAUUUGGGUUGGCUAACGUGUUGCACCGGCCCAUAAUCUUACUAGACUCGCUGAGUGGGAUGAGGAGCUCUGGGGAUUAUUCUGCAACAUUUCUACCAGGACUGGUGCCAGAGGAGAGGUGCAAGGGUAAAGACGGUCAGUUCAACAAGCCCAUAUGCAUUGCUUGGAGCAGCUCUGGACGCAACCACUACAUUCCCCUUGUUGGAAUAAAAAGCGCACCUCUACCUAAACUGCCAGCCAGGCUACUCCCCAAGGCCUGGGGAGUACCACAGGAGCUCAUCAAGAAGUACAUUCACCUGGAGCAAGAUGGGAGCUGUGUCAUUGGCGGUGACCGAAGUUUGCAGGAUAAGUAUCUAAUGCGGCUAGUCGGUGCCAUGGAAGAGGUUUUUAUGGAAAAGCAUGGCAUUCACCCAUCUCUGGUGGCGGAUGUGCAUCAGUAUGUGUACAGAAGGACAGGUGUCAUUGGAGUUCAACCUGAAGAAGUUACCGAAGCAGCCAAAAAAUCAGUCCUGGAAAACCGCCUUCACCGCUGUUUGAUCUGCAGCGCGCUGUCCGAGCUUCAUGUGCCUCCUGAGUGGUUAGCACCUGGCGGUAAGUUCUACAACUUGGCCAAGUCCACUCACGGGCAACUCAGACCGGACAAAAACUACAGCUUCCCGCUGAACAAUGUUGUGUGCUCUUAUGACCCAGAGCGGGAUGUUCUGGUUCCUGAUUACAAGCUGAGCACUUUGAACACCUGCAACUGGUGCCACGGGACAUCUGUGCGUCAUGUCCGCGGCGAUGGUUCCGUUGUGUACCUAGACGGAGACCGAACCAACACCCGCUCUCAGGGGGGAAAGUGUGGUUGUGGGUUCAAACAUUUCUGGGAGGGAAAAGAGUAUGAGAAUCUGCCAGAGGCCUUCCCCAUCACUCUCGAGUGGGGCGGGAGAGUGGUUAGGGAGACGGUCUACUGGUUCCAGUUUGAGACUGACACCACCCUGAACAGCAAUGUUUACGAUGUAGCCAUGAAGCUGGUCACCAAGCAUUUCCCAGGGGAGUUUGGGAGCGAGAUCCUUGUCCAGAAAGUAGUGAACACCAUUUUGCAUCACACCGCCAAGAAAAACCCGGAUGAGUACAACCCAGUGGCCAUCGAUGGCGCCCACGCUCAGAGGCUCGGUGACGUUGAAGAGGGACAAGCAGCCGUGGACGUGCAGCCCCCAACCAAAAUAAUAUUAACAGGACAGAAAGCAAAGACGCUGCACAAGGAGGAGCUUACCAUGAGCAAAGCGGAGAGGAGCCUGCAGCAGAGCAUCAGCGAGCAGGCCUCUGUGACCCAGAAGAAGAGGACUGACAGGCUUAAGCAGGAACAGAAGGGCCAGGGAAGGACUCCAUCUCAGGGGUCGCAGGAAGGGCCGUCCUCUGCCCCGGCCACUCCCACAAAAGCCCCCUACUCUCCCAAGUCCAGCACCGACAAGAAGAUCCGCGUCACCACCAGUGACGGGCGGCAGGCCAUGUUAACGCUCCAGGCUGACACCACCUUCUCUGAGCUUCAGAGGAGCAUAGCCAAAGAAUUUUCCGUGCCUCCUGGCCAGCAGUGCAUUCGCUACGGCUUCCCCCCAAAGGAACUCCUGCCACCCAAGGAGGACCAGGAGAACGAGCCCUUGCCACUGCAGCACGGGGACAGGGUGACCGUGGAGGUGGUCCGGGACCCCAAGGAGAAGGAUACCCCUACCCCGGCUGCCACCGCUGGCCUCCACUCAGUGAGGAGCGACGAGUUGGCCUCUGCCAGCAGAGUGACCUCCAGAGAGCUGCAGGAGAGCAUUGACCUUGAGAUGUCCUCCCUCUGCCUCCUGGCGACCUUAAUGGGGGAAGAUGUCUGGUCAUACGCAAAGAAGCUUCCUCACUUAUUCCAACAAGGCGGAGUCUUUUACAACAUCAUGAAGAAAGAUAUGGGACUGAUGGACGGCAAGCACUGCACCCUGCCUCACCUGGCCGGGAAGACGUUUGUGUACAACGCCGCGGAGGAGCGGCUGGAGCUGUGCGUGGACGCGGCGGGGCACUUCCCCGUGGGGCCCGACGUGGAGGAGCUGGUGAAGGAGGCGCUGGCCCAGCUGCGCGCCGAGGCUGCCGCCAGGAGCCGCGAGGGCAGCCCCUCCCACGGCCUCCUGCGGCUGGGGAGCGGGGGCGUGGUGCGCAAGAAGGAGCAGCUGCACAACGUCACCGCCUUCCAGGGCAAGGGCCACUCCCUGGGCGGGGCCCCCAGCGGCGGCUCCCCGCCGGAGCUCAAGCCCAUCUCCCGCAAGCACAGCAGCGGCGUGGACCUGAGCGCCAGCGUGUCCCGGCAGGCCGACCUCUCGGACAUCCCCGAGGACGCCGCCAAGGAGCUGGUGCGCAUGGCGCCGGGCUUCGUCACGCUGAAGGACGGCCGCCACCUGGACCCCGGCAUGAUCGAGGCCCAGAGGAAGAGGCUGCAGGAGAUGGUCUCCUCCAUCCAGGCCUCCAUGGACCGGCACCUGAGGGAGCAGAACCGGGGCCCCGCCGAGCCCGCCCCGCGCAGGCCCGACGCCCGGGGCCCGGCCGAGAGGACAGACGGGGCCAAGGCGAGCGCUCCGGAACCCACCCUGGGGCCCAGCGACCACGAACCCUCCGGCGUGGGCAUGGACGUGUCUGCCGGCGGUGCUGACGCGGCAGGCGGCAAGCAGCCCGAAAAGAGCGCGGAGGAACUGGAGGAAAUGGAGAGCCAGGAUGCCGAGCUCGCCAUCGCCGCUGAACCAAUGGAUCAUUCCUGAUGGGAGAGGUGCAUCAAGCCUUUGUGUUUCACGUAGAGAAGGCACACUACUCAUUAUCUUCCUCCCCAAGGCAGCAUUACAUGGGAUCGCUGUAGUGUUGGGUUGCAUCAAAGCUUAAGGUUUCUGCUGUCUUUUUUGUCUUUAAUGCAUGACAUUGAAUUUAAAGAUUGAUAGUUCAUAUGAAUGUUUCUGCCUUACUGCUGCCCGGGUUAUCACUUGGUGAGAUUACUUGGGGACUUAUUGAAUUUGUGAAGCAAAGAAAAACGGCUAAAACACUUUAGCAAUUGUGCGUGUGGAUCCUCAUGUGGAAAUCAUUCUUUUAAGGAAAGCGUAUCGAGUCUUACAACCUAGCAAAAGAAGGAGUGGAGCUGACAAAGUGAGUCAGGAAAAGCAUUACCUAUCAUUUUCUAGUCAGCAGAAGUUGUUUUUGCACUAUACAAACUGUGACAACAUGAACACAUAGUCUGAUCAGACCAGGAUUUAUAUUGACAAAGAUUUAUCCCCACAGUACUUGUUAACAUAACAGUCCAGGAUAACAAAUGAUUUUAUUUCCAGUGGUUCUCCAUUUUGCAUGUUGUUUUCUUGCUGGUACUUGUUAACAUAACAGUCCAGGAAAACAAAUGAUUUUAUUUCCAGUGGUUCUCUAUUUUGCAUGUUGUUUUCUUGCUGUUCUUUGUUACCACGAGGUAAUGGAAGGGCAAGAGAAUGGUGCUUAACAAACACUUAGUCUAAUGCCACCAGACAUUAGUCUCUUACUUUGAACUCAGUUUGCUGGAUAAAAAUGGGGACAAACAAGGUGCGAUUAUUUCAUCAUACUUCUGUAAAACCAGACCAGAUAGAUGCAGUGACAAUUUAUUAUGUAACCUAUUUCAUGAACCAAAGUAAGCUGUGUUGUUGAGAGUUUGUAUAGAGCACGAAUUACAGCGUGAAUUUAGCACCUGGCAGAGUACACCGUGAGGUUAAAGUGCACCUGAGAUUCUUUUCUGAAAAAAUAAACCCAGAGGAAGUGUUUGGUUGGACAUCGCAGCCUCACAAAGGCUAAUUACUUGGUAUAUUCUUGGAAAGUACAUGGCAUGUGCUUGAGUUAUGUUUUCUAAUUUGUGAUGAUUUCUAACACUCAUAUACACACACACACACACACACACACACACACGAUUGUAAUGAGGAAAAAAGUAAUCUUUAACGAAUAAAAAGAAUAGUGGUAAGGUUAAUCAGUGAACCAUUGUUUUUUUUUUUCAGAGAAAUUCCAUAGGUGCACUUAAAUCUCUGUUUAGAGGUGUCAAAGAAUUGCAUUUCCAUUGUUACCAAACAGUAGCUGAAGCCUUUUGCAAGAAAUGCUUUGAUCAAAAAUGCAAAUAUUUGAGUGAUGUAUGCAGUAUCUUGAGUUUUCUUUAUUAUUACAAUUAUUUUUAUUAUUGCAGCAAUAGAGAAAGGACUAAUUAUAAACCAAAUCACUUAAUACUGCUUUGGAAUGAAACCCAACUGAAUUGAAUCAGCGUGACGCUAACACAUUUAAAAAGAGGAAAAUGGCUUCUGAAAUCUGUGUGUGGGAAUGUACGUGUCAUCUGAAAGUAGAAGUGUGUGUAAUUUCUGUCCUUCCAUGGAUGGAUUUUAGUGUACAUUUGAAAUGGAAUGCAAGCUGGCAUUUUUACCAUGCGACAAUACAGAUUUGAAAAACACUUGAUCACUUCAGCAUAAUGAAUAGUUGCAGUGUUUUUAAUUUGAUUCCGUUAUUUUGCAGGCAACGACUCAGGUUUACAGGAGAAAGGAUGUGUGUGUGCGUCUCUGAAUAAUAGGAUAUAAAAUUCUCAGAUGGUUGGCAAAAUGGAGGUCUGGAUCAUUCAGUUAGUGGACGGUCAGCAGUACCCCUCAGACCUGUGGCAUCCCUUUAGAACUGAUGUUUACAACCUUGGGAUAAAUACCCACAUGCCAUCUUACCUGAUGGCAUAAAUGCUGCAGUUCCAGACAAGGAAAUUAAUAAAUUGGUGCCAACGUAAUGUAGUUAUUUACCCUUCUGGCACACUCUGUAGAUUUUUCCUGCUCCAUCAAACUUAAUUAGGAAAGAGCCUCUUGUGGUCUGUUUUUAAUUGUAAGUUUGCAGAAUGCUAAAAGGAAACUUCAGCUGAGUGCUCUGUGAAUCACAUACAGAGUCACAGUCACGGGCUUGGCUGGAGAGCACUUGGUCAGCUCUGCACUUGCAGUUGUGUAUAUCCCACAAUGCAUGUCUACAUACAACCCCAAUAGAAAUAACCCUUGACCCCAGUCAGAAGCCUCUUGCCAGUUGUGUGUCUGGGGUCAAAGGUCAGAUAGGUUUUCUUCUUGCUGGAUUUUUUUUUUUUUCCUUGUUGUUUUCUUUUGGAUUGCCUUAAAAUGUUUUGAUUUUUAUAGCAAUAUACAAAUGGUAAUUGUACCCUUUAUCCCUUUUCUUACCAUGUACUCAUUACCAGAUGGUAAUUUGCACCACAUUAUGCUUUGAGCUGGUAGAAGAAUGAUAACUUAGAUUUAGCAAAAGAUUUUAUGGUGAAAAUGUUAAUAGUGAAUGGUGAAGGAAUUAGUUCACAAAAGAAACAAGAUAACAAAAAGACGUUUUUGAGGAAACAUUUGGAUGUUUAGAACCAUUUUGUGCUUUGCUCAGCUCUUCCAUAUCCGUGUGUCUUGAACAGCAAGCAUUUUAAAGGAACUGUACUCCAAGACUGUAUUCAGUCCCUGGACUAUUGUUAUAUUUUUAAAAAGGUGCUUCAAAAUGCUUUGCCCCUACGUUCAGUUUAGAAGUAACAAUUUACCACAUUUAGUGGUGGUGCAUCCCAUCUACGAUGGUGGUCCAUCCAGUGCGAUUGGAGCAAUGUGUUCUUGAAGUACCUUAUAUCUGUUGCACUGAAUGCUCAUUUCAGUGCCAAUUUCUGUGCACAUGGUAAAAAGUAGGAACUCUUACUAAGCAGGUUGGACUGACCAAAAGACAAGUCCUUGAGUCCUGCACUGAAAUGAUGUUUGACCCUAAUGCAGAACUUAUUUUCCAUUUGAACUGCUUUAGCUCUGUAAACAUAGUGGCCACAGAGAGGUAAAGCUGUGCAGCCACUUAAUGGAUCUGGGACCAUUCUGGUUCGCCGAGUUUCUCUAACGUGAUAUCAUCAAGUACUGCCAUGUCAGUCUCUGGCCUUAUUUUUAUUUUCUUUUAUUUUUUUGAGUCUUACUUAGUCUAAGUGAAAGAAGCAUAAACGUGUUCUUGAGGUGGCCCAUUGAAUUCCUUGCCACCGUGUGGAAUGAAGCAGGUUUUCCGGUUUCAGGCCGCAUGUGACUGCAGCAGCUCCUGUCUCUUGAUGUCAUAGCCAAAGUGACAAGACAGUAAAUGUUAAAGCUGUGACGUUAUCCAACUUAGCUGAAAAUCAAAAUACAGAGUGAAAAUUGAGCACUUUCAAAAGCAAGAGGGAAUGUUAGAAUAUGUAUAAAUGGUUUGUGUUAGUAUAUAUAUAGUUCUGUUCUCAAAAAUAGUAUAUAUUAUUGCCAGUCCAUGGAAAGAAGCAAAAAGAGAUGGUGUACUUGCCUAUUCUCAACAACACUGGUUAUUUUCAACAAACCUGGGGUUUGGUUCCUUGUGACUGCUGUAUUAAUUAUACGUAUUGUAAGCCAGUGUAUUAUAAAAGUAUAUAUUGUACUAUACUUUGAUCUGUACAGAAAUUGAAGUUGUUUUGUUCCAUUUUUUUUAGUUAACAUUUCUUGUUUGCUAAUAAAACAACUGAAGUUGCUACGGCUUCAAUAUUGCUGUCCGCAUGCUUGACAAACUUUUCAAUCUCUCUGCAAUAAAGAAAUUGCUUCACAUUA